GAUUUCGUGUAUUUAAAAUAUAGGUGUCCCAAACGACACAGUGAAGGUGGAAGAGGUAUAUGAAGCGUAAAAGUACAAUCGAGUCUCACUCGCUGUUUUCCUUUGGAGCGUGCAACACAUAAGUUGCACUCCACUCGUUCCAUAUAUAUUUCUUCUUCUUCCAAUUAACAAUCGCAAUACGAUGCGAGCCAUCGUUUGUACAGUUCUCAUUCUUGGAUUAAAUCUUGCUCUCUGCGUACAGUUUGGAGCUGCGCAUGACUGUUCCAAGGUAGUCAUCGAGCCUGUGGUAGGUGAUUUUGAGCACAGCGAAGGACCUCACUGGGAUCACCAUUCUCAGAAACUCUACUUCGUUGACAUAACUGCACAAAAGAUAUGUAAAUUCAGCCCUGCAACAAAAGAUCUUGCCUGUAUCUAUAUUGAAAAUGGUCCUGUCGGAGUAGCUGUUCCUGUUGAAGGGGAACCAAACAAACUGGUGUGCGGAACUGGUACAGACUUUGUUCUGGUCUCAUGGGACGGCGAAAGGAAUGUUUCGAGGUCUAGCCCUGAAACAUUGGCUAUUGUAGACACUGAUCGCAAUGGUACCAGAUGGAAUGAUGGAAAGGUGGACUCUUCGGGAAGGUUCUGGGGUGGUACGAUUGGUCCAGAGGUGAACGCUGUAGUUGUACCCAAUCAAGCAACAUUCUAUCGUAUCGAUUCUGAUUUGAACCCAAAGAAGGAAUUAUCUCCUGUCACAAACAGUAACGGAUUGGCUUGGAAUCUUCAGGAUGAUACGCUUUACUACAUUGAUACACCCACAAGACAGGUUGCAGCAUUCGACUUUGAGCCCAUCGAAGGAGUUAUAUCAAAUAAGAGAAUUGCGUUUGAUCUGGAGAAGAAUAAUGUUACUGGGCUGCCCGAUGGAAUGACCAUAGAUAGGGACGGAAACCUUUGGGUAGCUUUAUUCAACGGAGGUGGUGUGGCCAAUGUAAACCCUCACACUGGUCAUGUGUUGCGUAUUAUAAAGCUUCCUGUGAUAGCUGUAACUAGUUGUGCUUUCGGAGGGCCCUCUUUGGAUAUUCUGUACGUAACCACAUCGAAGAGAGAUUUAACUCCAAAAGAGCAAGCAGAACAACCAUACGCUGGUUAUGUUUUUGCUGUACAUGGUUUAGGAGUACAUGGUCUGAUUGCAAACUCAUUCAGAUUAAAAAUGGCAGAAGUGACAGUCGAACCCCUAAUAGGACCAUACAACCUUGGCGAAGGUCCACACUGGGACCCAGCGUCUCAAAACCUGUACUUUGUUGAUAUAUUCGCUCAGAAAGUGUUCAGGUACAACCCUUCGACGAAGGCUCUCACUUCGACCUACGUGGAACACGGACCUGUUGGAUUUGUUCUCCCUGUGGAUGGUGCCAGCGAUAAACUGGUGGUAGGAUCUAGAACAGAGAUUCUGAUGCUUACGUGGGAUGGAAAGAAAGAUUCAUCGAAGUGCGAAAGUAGAAAGCUAGCUACUACGGGCACCAACCCCAAAGAGAUUAGAUGGAACGAUGGAAAAGCAGAUGCUUCUGGAAGAAUUUGGGGUGGAACGAUGGGCUAUGAGACAAAUGGAGUAUUUCCACACAACGUGGGAGCUCUCUAUUGCGUUCACAAUGAUCUUGCGGUGAAAACACACUUACCAUCUGUAUCUAUAAGCAACGGAAUAGCUUGGACUCCUAACGAAGACACAUUCUAUUACAUCGAUUCGUUGACCUAUCAGGUUGAGGCCUACGACUACAAUCCUCAGACAGCAACUAUAUCUAACAGGAGGACUGUCUUCGACCUCAAGAAACAUAACAUGCCUGGAAUUCCAGAUGGUAUGACUAUAGAUACAAAUGGGAAUCUUUGGGUUGCUUUGUUUGGUGGGGGCGGUGUGAUGCAAAUAAAACCGGAAACGGGUGAGUUGUUACGAUUUAUCAAGAUCAACAACGUCGAUAACAUAACCAGCGUGGCGUUCGGCGGUGCCGACUUGGACACCCUGUACGUGACGACGGCUACGACAGGUUUGACCGAGAAACAAUUGAAAGAACAACCACACGCUGGCUACUUGUUCGCUAUAAAAGGUCUGGGCGCACGUGGUUUUCCUGCAAACUCGUUCAAGCUGGCAAAUAAAUAAAUGUAGACGAGAAUCGUAUAAAUAUCCUACAAAUGUACAAAUUUAUAAAACAUGUACCCUUACGUUAAACCACUAAAAUAAAUUAUACAAUAUAUAAUGUACACAUACAAAUAUUUCGCACUUUGUAAUAAUUUCCUGUAAAGAAAUAAACGUUACGAAAUGAAAGGUGACGUUGAGUUCUUAUUUGAUACAGGUGAAUAGUGUUUUAAAUAUAUAUGUAUAUUUAUGUA